GUCAUAACGGAUGCUCACAGCACUCCGGACUUUCUUGAAGCUUCUUCGCAGCGCGGACACUUUAGCUGAACAGACACACAGAUGGAUGAAAAAAUAUCAGCGGAGAACGCAGAGACGUUACUGGAGGUGAAAAAGGAGGAUGAAGAGGAGAUGGACGUCACCGUUACAACACCUCUGGAAAAUCUCAGCGUCGAUGCGACCCCUGAAGAUGUUUCUGCGUUCUCAAAUACACAGACACAAACAGAGAAAACAGAAGAUGUACAGAGUGACUCAACAGCAGCAGCAGCACUUUCUUUAAACAUUGAGUUAAAGACAGAGGACUGUGAUGAUGAAGAUUCAGAUGAUUCAGACAGCGACAGCUCGUCAUCCUCCUCCUCUUCUUCAUCCUCCUCUUCCUCCUCAUCCUCCUCUGCUAUUGCCCGCGUGUUGGAGGAUGACGAUGACGAGGGUUUCAGCCAACCAGUGCCCAUCAAGACAAGAGAUGAAGUCCUGCUCGAGGAGCUGCCCACAGUGGAGGAGGUUUCUGUAUCGUUACCAGAAGAUGCUGAACUGCAGCCUGUAGGAACCAUCUCCAGUAUUCUCCAGCAACUCGUCGUCAUCCAGUCUCUGAAGGACACGCCCCCUCUGAAUGAUGACAGCAUCAUCUUUACUUCUGAUAGGAUGGCUGUGGGAAAGGUGUUUGAGGUGUUCGGUCCGGUGUCCAGUCCGCUCUACAUUUUGCGUUUUAACUCUGCAGAUCAGAUCAGCAGGAAAGGGCUGACGGAGGGACUCACUCUUUACUACACACCGCACAACAAAGAGUACACCGCAUACAUCCUCACACAGCAGCUCAAACUUUUAAAGGGAUCGGAUGCGUCGUGGAAGAACGACCAAGAGCCACCUGCUGAGGCUUUAGAUUUUAGUGACGACGAGAAGGAGCAGGAAGCUAAAAGGAAGGCAAAAAACUCCAGAAAGAAAAAGGACAACAGUACAGAUAAUCCCGACCACACUACCCAGAACACCUUGCCACAGCAGCGUGACGCCAGGGGUUUCCUACCGAGACAUGCAGGGGCUUCGUUCAGGCACCAGAACCCGAGACAUAAACAACCACCUUUCCAAAACACACACGCUCCACCCAGACAAACACACCAACAUUUCACACACACAAAUGCCCCUCCCAUGUCCCCCCCUCCCUGCCCUUACCCCCCUCCCCCUCAUCACCACUUCCCUCCACCCAACUUCCCUCUCUACCCUCCUCCUCCUCCCUCUUUCUACAACCCCUCGUUCUCCUCUCCUAUGUGGCCUCCAAACUCCGUCCCUUUCUCUAGCCUCCCCCCUCCCCCUCCUCCUCCUCCCCCUCCUCAGUGAGACCUAACACACCCUCUGUACAUGCUAACACAGUAAAAUAAAUAACAAUCGUAUAUUUGCUGACGGCCAGAUUGGGACCAACUUGAUUUUCUGCUUUGGUUUUGAUUUGAAAUAUAAAUGUUUUUUUUUGUUUUGUUUUUUUACACAACUGGCAACAUGAGGAUGCAGUCCCUUAUGAAAAUGUAAUCUUUAAUAUAUUUAUUUUAAAGUUACCAAGUUUUUUUUAUCUUUUAUUAUUUUGACAAACUCAGAAUCAGCAGAUUGGAUCAGGAAAACAAUCGUUAACGGGUGGAAGAAAUCGUGAGCGGUGCAUCUCUUCUCUCUCCAAAUCCACCAAACUUUAUUGACAAAAACAAUCAUUUGACUAGGGCUGUUAAUCGUGAUGUAAUAAAGGCCCGAUAUCAAUGCAUUAAUUUAGUUCAUUUUAUAAGUUAAUUUUAUAACCAUCAAUUUACCACAAGUUCCGUAUUUCCUUUCAAAAUAAAGGCAGGAAUUAAAGAACCCUUAGCUUAAGACAGUAUAAAAAUACCACACAAAAGAAUAUUUAAAAAAUAAAAGCUAAAUAAUGGAAUUUCAAACGAAACAUGCAGAGGUGUUUUAGGUCGGGUAGAAUCAGUUCUCUCUGAACUGGUUCUCUUAGACUUCCAUCGCUGCAACACCUGCUGGUUUGCCGUUUGCCUGAAAACCCAGGGACUUCAAAAACGGCCGUGUGGGUAUUUUCCUUAAAAAACAGCCUACUUCCUCUUCAGGACCAGAAUCUAAAGUUAGAAGGAGGACAUACUGGCUGCUGCAUUGUUGUCAGAGAAGCCAGCACUUUAACAUAGCAUGUUUCCUUAAUGUCUGAUCCUAUAGUAAGGUCAUUUUAUCAUUUCAUUCUGUAGAUAUUUUUACGUAUCGCUCAUUUUAUUUUAAGCAAAACAGUUCUGCUGAUCUGUGUGAAGUUGUAUUUCAGGUUGCACUCUCAGAUUGAGUUCUUUGAAUGUAUCCCAGUACUUUGAGAUUCUGUCUUUCAUCUGAUCGACAUGUUUUUCUUUUUUGUAUUUGUGGAGAACUUCAGGGUCGUCAUGUGUGAUGGGAUUUGUAGGAAUAUGUAAACUAUAAAGUGUUCUGUUGGAAAUGGCUCCCACACAAACACAGACUCGCUCACCUUUUUUUUACUGGCUGGAUAUAAUCUCUGACACCCGGACUCUGCUGUCACUCCUCUUAUAAUGUAGUUGUAAUGUGUAUAUAUAAACCACAGUCUCUCCAUAUGAUGCUUGAAGGCUUCAAUGGUAAAUAAAUAUUCUUUGCUUAAUG